AUGACCACUACCGACCUCCUGCAAGAACCAUGGACUCCCGUCCACCCCAUAACCAUCGCCAUCAUGACACUAGCCCUCACCAUCUACCUACCACUAGUUCAACAUCUCCGCUACCAGCGCAAAUCAGCAAUAGAAGCCCCAUUCAUUACCAACAAAAGACCUCUAUCAAGCAUGACCAUCGAAGAAGCACAUACAAUCAUAACCCAAUUACAAGAGCUGGAAUUUCCAUAUGCAUUCGCCAAGGCUCGUCGGAUGGCUCUCUUGAAGGCCGGAGGCAUCCCCACCAUGUCGAAGCUAUUCGCCGUCACAGGCCAGAACAACAGACGAAACGCCGGUAAGCGAGCCGUUGACACGGAGAUUCUCCUCCGGGAGUCGCAGUCGCAGCGGAGAGAUUCAGAUCGCUAUGCGACUGCUGUGGCGAGGAUGAAUUAUCUCCACGCCCGCUACCGUCGCGCCAACAAAAUCACCGACGACGAUCUCCUCCACACGCUAGGCGAUGGACUUGCUGAGAUUCUGAACGUGAUUGAGCGGGAAGAAUGGCGUGGUCUCACAGACGUGGAGAUAUUGCACGAUCUGCCGAACCAGAAGACGAAUUUAUAUAACUUUGAAAGAAAGGUCUUGCAGCCAUGGUAUAUUCGUCCAACUGUGUGGUCGAAAUAUGGCCCUGGGGCAUUGCUGAUUAGAUUGUUCGGAGGCAAGGUGCCUGGCUCACGUGGAGAUCGGUAUCAGCCACAAGGAUACGAUUUGAUGACUAUUGGGCCGGAGCCACAGAAGGGAAGAGGGUUGGAGGAGAUGAGAGGUGAUAUUGAGUUGAUUAAGGCGAGGGGGAUGGCGACGUGUCCGUUUUCGAAGGCGAAAUGGGAUCAUCAUGAUGCAAAUUGA